AUUGUACCGCCAUUUUGUUAAGUUUCGGCGUCUAUUUGCUCAGGUCCAGGUCUGUUGUGUGUUUAGUGCAUAUUACUAUUUUAUAAAAUUCUUUACAAUGGGCAAAAAGAAGGUAGAGGAGAGUGAAAGUGAAGAGGAGUACUCUGUAGAAAAAAUUAUUGAUAGGAGAGUUGUAGAUGGAAAAGUAGAGUAUUAUCUUAAAUGGAAAGGUUAUUCGGAAGAUGACAACACUUGGGAGCCUGAGGACAAUCUAGAUUGUCCUGAACUUAUUGCUGAGUUUGAGAGGAAUCGUAAAAGUAAAAAAGCUGCUGGGAAAGAAAAGAAAAGGACAAGAGAUAAUUCUACUUCUUCUGUGGAGUCAAACAAUUCAUCUACCAAAGAAAAAGAAAAAAAGAAAAAGAAAGGUCGUUCUCCAUCACCAGAGUCUGAGAGUGAACCUAGUUCUAAAAAAUCAAAAAUAGAUGACUCAGAUGAUGACAAAAAGAGCAAAAGGAAAUCAAAAGAUGCCGAUUCUGAUGAUGACAAAGGAAAAAAGUCAAAGAAAAAAGAUAAAGGUUCUGAUUCAGAAGAUGAGAAGUCAAAAAAGUCAAAGAAAAAAGAUUCUGAUUCAGACGAUGAAAAAAAGAAAAAGAAAAGAAAAAGUGGUCCCAAAUCUCGCAAAGCUGCCAUUUCAGAUGAUUCUGACGAAGAUGAUGCACCAAAAAAGAAAACCGAAAGCCGAGGAAAAAAAGAUGAAGAGAAAUCUAAGAAGAAAGCUGAUGAUUCUGACGAUGAUGAUCCGAAAAAGAGCAAAAAAGUUGACAAUAAGGAAAAAAAGGGUGCUAAACCUAAGGACAAAGAGAAGUCAGCAUUUGACAAAGGUUUAGAGGCUGAUAAAAUUAUUGGAGCAUCUGACACAAGUGGUCAAUUGAUGUUCUUGAUGAAAUGGAAGGGUACAGAUGAUACUGAUUUAGUGUAUGCAAAACAAGCUAAUGUGAAAUGCCCACAGGUGGUCAUUAAAUUCUAUGAAGAAAGAAUUGCAUGGCAUACGCCAGAAGACUUCUAAUUUUAUUUAGUAAUAGAUCCUAUUGUAGAUUUAAUUUCUUACUACUGAAUAGGUAGAGUUAUGUUUUAUAUUUAACCUAUAAUUUACAUUUUUUAAAACAAAAAAUCACGACUUGAGUUUUUGUAUUAAAUAAAUUACAUGUUAACACGUUAAUUUGUGAAAUAUAAAAUCUGU